GAUUUAAUACCGCAUCGUUUGGAUGAUCGAGAGCGCCGACAAAUUGGUUAUUAUCAGUGGGUUCCAUUUGCAUUAGCUAUUGCAGCUAUCAUGUUUCAUAUGCCAUCAACUGUCUGGCGAAUACUUAGUACACAGUCAGGAUUGAACAUGUCAUUGGUAAUACAAUUGGCAAGCCAGGACCAAAAUGUCGAUCCAUUAAUACGAGAUCAUUCUGUUGAAGUACUUACUAGGCAUAUUGAUGAUGCGCUAAAAUAUCAACGUGAUUAUGGUAGUCGAAAUAAAAGUGUAUAUCUAUUUGCGGUGCUAAAGUUAGGUAAAAUCUACGGAGCUUAUGUAUCCGUUGUUUAUCUAUUCGUGAAGAGCUUACACCUAUGUAACGUUAUUCUACAAUUUAUUAUGCUUAAUAACUUUUUGGAAACAUCCAAUUAUCCAUUCUUUGGUGGUCAUGUUCUCUAUGACCUCAUCAUGGGUCGAGAAUGGCGUGAUUCGGGACGUUUCCCACGAGUAACACUAUGUGACUUCGAAAUAAGAGUUUUGGGUAAUAUACAUCGACAUACAGUGCAAUGCGUUCUCGUUGUCAACAUGUUAACAGAAAAGAUAUUCCUCUUUUUGUGGCUUUGGCUUUUAUUACUCUCAUUUGGCACUGCCAUAAAUAUGGUUGUCUGGACAUUGUCACUAUCGCUUGCGAAAUGGCGACACGCAUUUGUCACCAAAUUUCUCGAAUGUGAAUCCAAUCAGACUCAUCGUUUUGUACAUCAUUUCCUUCGUCCCGAUGGUGUACUCAUUCUGCACAUGAUUGCUUCACAUGGCGGGAACAUUGUGUGCGCUCGUCUUACGGAAUCUUUAUGGAUGAAAUUUUUACAACGUAAUGGUAAACUAACCGUAUUUGAUGUCGAAAAAGCCGUAUGUUCGGAAGAACGAAGUGACAAGAAUGGUAGUAAGCACGUGGAUGAGGGAAGUUGGCGUGAGCCUAAUAUGCCACCUCCAAUGCCGUUAUUACCAACUUCUACUCAGUUCGUUUAA